CCUCAACUAAGCUCGCGACUCGCACGCUUCUCUCCUACCCAUGGCGACCCGAGCGCGAACGCCGCAACCACCACUGCCGCCGGCUGCUUCGUCGUCGCCCACGGCUCACCACCGCAACCGCACCUUCUCGUCGUCUUCCUCCUCGUCGUCCCUCUCCACGGCCUCCACGCCGUCGCCGUCGCCCUCCCCCCGCAGCACCACUACCUCCGUGCCCUUCUCCUGGGAGCACCACCCGGGCGUCCCCAAGAAGGACUGCCUCCUCCCCGCCGACGCGGCCUCCCCGCCCACGCCGCUCCCGCUCCCGCCGCCCCUCCGCGCGCUGCCGUCCCGGUCGUCGUCCCUCCACCACCAGCACAACCGCCGCCGACGCGCCGGCCCGCGGGCCGCCUCCGACCCCUUCGCCGUGGCCCUCGCCGAGUGCACCAGGGAGCGCGUCGCGGCGGUGGGAUCUGACGCCGGCCUCAUGGACACCCUCUUCCCCGAGCCCGCAUCGGCGCCCAGCCGCCGGUGGUCCAUCUCCGCCGGCGGGGUCGUCGGGUUCCUCGACCUGUACGGAUGCAAGAGCGCCAUGGCCGUCGCGGAGGGCGCCUUCAUCGUGCGCCGACCGGUCGCGGUUGCCCGCCCCGGGCCCGGUCGAGCGGGCCAGGGUCGACCGGUCCGGGUCGGACUGCGAUGAGGGCCGUCGUGUCGCUUCAAGACUGGGCUCCAUUAGGUACAUAAAUAAUUCCAUGAGCAAAAUGUUGGGAUUGAAAACUAUGUCCAACCUUUUUCUUUUAUUUUCCGUACUUUGAAUCGAGACUUUUCUAGUUGAUGUAAUUGAUGCCUAUAUAUGAAUCGAAUGUUUGGCAUGCCAAUCUGCUACCAACAUGAUGCUGCAGCGU